UGGAACAACACGCAUCAGCCUCCGCUCCGGCGGUGUACGAAGCCUUCAACUGCACUUCGUGGCCCCCGAUGCCCAAAAGCCAGCCAGCCAGCCUGUCCAGCCGCGACUCGACACACACCGCGGCGCCAGCCCGCCACCCACAUAUACACGCCCAGACGCGCGUCCUACGACUUCCUCCCCAACUCCUCCCCAGAGCGCCAAGAAGAGAUCUGGAGAAGGGAGAAGCGGAAGGCCAUUGCUAGCUAGCUCCCCGCCGUCUCCUCCCUCCUCGCUUGGUGUCGCCAUGGCCACCAUCCUGGAGAACAUCCAGAAGGCGCGGUUCCUGCCGACGAGGCCGCUGCGGGACGACCUGCCCACCUUCCAGGGCGGCGGGGGCGGCAAGGGGGAGGAGAGCCACCUCAUGGGCCUGCGGAAGCGCCUCUCCAGCUUCUCCGGCAAGAUCCAGCCCAUCUCCUCCGCGUCCGCCGAGUGGGCGUUCCGGCGCACCCGGUCGGCGCCGUCGCUGGCCGCCGAGUUCGCGGGCGGCCCGCUCAAGCGCUGGUGGGACUGGGGCCUCGGCUGGCUGCUCUCCAAGAAGCUCGGCUUCGCCGGCGAUCUGGAGAUGAACGAGGAGGAGGCCGCCGCGCUCGGCCGCCAAAGCCGGGGCACCUGGGCCCACGUCCUCUACAAGGUGCGCUCCGGGGUCCGCCGCCUCGUCGCGUCCGACCACUCGCUGCCCACCACGCAGCGCCUCGGGGGCACCUCGCUGCCCCCGUCCUCCUCCGCGCGCCAGCACUGCAAGCCCGCGCCGCAGUUCGCCUACACCCAGAGCUUCCAGUACGGCCAGGCAAUGGCGCAUUAAGCUACAUAUCUUGUGUUCUUUGGCUUGGAGCAAGACCAGGAUCUGGCGGCGGCGUCCGCGGGAUCCACAUAGAUACGACGGGAAGAAGGAGAAGAUUCAGGUCUCAGGUGGGUGAGAUUGACGGGGAAGAAGAAGAUGCAACACAAUUAUAUCUGGGAAUUUAGAAUUGUACUACGUAGUAGUUUACCGUGCUGCUUUCUUUUCUUUUUUGUGGGUAGAUCUGAUGUCUCUACGUAUGAUAGAUACCGAGUGUAUGGUGGUGGUUCUUUCCAUUCUUUUGGGUUCGUGGGUGCCAUGUAAAUGUUGGUGGAUCGAUUCCUUAUGUUUUUGCCUCCUGCGGUAAAUAAAAGCUAAUGCAGAUUCGUGAUU